ACCAGGGCCCCCCGCAUCGCCCUUCGCCCGCGCCAGGGGCGUCGUCUCCACCUUCAUCGCCCCGGUCAUCGCCGCCGUCGGCUCAAGCGCCCAGGCUCUCUUGGGCCAGAUGGCGGCAAGCGCUCCGUUGGGGCGCGAUUUCUCACUGGCCACGGUGCUCGCCCCCCUUCCACCGGCGGCCUUCGGUGAUGUGGCGCGGCUGCUUUCCGCGGCCCCCCCGGCCUUGGCAGCGCCUUUCGUCCGGGUGCUCGCGGAGCGGAACCACGGGGUCGAGUUGCCCGACAACGCCGUGACGAAUGUAAUUUGGAAGCUCGCUCACUAUCUUAACAUCGGCAAGGGCGUUGAUUUUGAUUUCAACAUUCCGUACUUCAAAGAACUGCAAAAGCUUGUGCCUUCGGCCCCCACAGUUGAGGUGCGCUCCACUCACGGUCGUUGCCCCCGGUGCCACGCUGCAGACUUCCAGAAGUGCGCCCCAAAGACAGGCAGCCGGGUGGCCUUCAAUGUUCAACGGCGCAAUGGCGGCAAGAUGGUUCUGGAGACCCGGUGCCGCGUUUACACCAUGGGCGCCGGGAUCCAGAACGCCUCCUUCUCGGAGGAAUACUGCCCCAAGUGCGCCUUGUAUUUCCUCGGGCAGUGGCAGUGCGAGAAGCACGACAGAAGUAGCGGGCGAGGGACUUACGGGAAUAUGAUAAACAUCAAGCUCGUUUCGGGGUCCAGUUCCCUCAAGUAUUUCUUCGUUCCGCGCGAGAAGGCUCGGUACGCCGUCGACGCGAAGCUAUUGCAGUUCCUCGCGGACAAGCUACACCACAGCGGGGGGACAUUCAAUUCUGCAGUUCUGGCAUGGAGCGAGCAACACACUGAGCUCGCGCAGCGAGGGCUGCUUCGUGGCGAAGACUUGACGCUUCUACGAGCCAAUGGCGUUCGCUUGGAGGACGCUUGGUAUGCGCACCGCGCUGCCCGCCUUGCCGGCGGCGCCGCAUCCGAACUCACGUGGUCUUUCACCAGGGGCGGCUUGGAGUCGACGUUGCUCGCUCUCGCGCCAGCCGCGCGCCAAGCCCACGUCGAGCGCGCCGUUGAGCACGCCCGCACUUGCCCGAAGUGUGCUGGUGAUCUCCUUGUCCUUCUGGACGGGAAAUACGGUGCGCGUCGAUUCAUAUGCGGCGGGCUGGACGGUUACGAACACAUGGGCACGCUGCAGAUGGAUUUCUACACGGGGUGUCUGAAGAAUGCCCCCGCUGGGCGAUUCUUCUGCGCUCGAUGUCAGACGGCGCGCGCUGGACAGAACAAUCUCACCCCGCAGACGCAGAUUUUGGGCAUCGCUCCCGCGGCCGCCCCGAACGGCGAAGCGUCUGCCCUGAGAUACUUGGUGCGCUGCUCGGAUCCAGACAAUCCGAUCGAGACCUUUGACGCCUUCCUGCCGAGGGCGGAAGUAUCACAGGAGCUGCUAGCAACCUACGAAAAGUCUCUGCUUCCAGCAAAUGGAGACCAUGGGAACAAGAAGGCGCGGCCUGCGUGGCUCAAAGGCCACCGACAGGUCACGCGCUGGCAGAAGGCACAGAACCCAGCGUGCCGAGGGGGCGCCAGCCCUGGGGCCGCCGCCGCUGCUCGCGGCCGAGGCGCGGGCGGCCGCGCGGCCGCCAGGGGGCGAGGCGGCGCCCGGGGGCGCCGCGGCCGCGGUCGCACUUCCGCGGCGACGGCCCGUUCCCGCCGACCAGCGGCAGCAGGGCUGCCAAGGAAGCGGAAGGCGCCCACGCCGAAGCGAGCUGGCCGCCCCGAUUUCACGGCCGCCCGCUCGUCUGCGCCACAGCCGCCGAGUCGCCCCACGCGCGGCGGCGGCGGCGACGCUGCAGGUGCGAAGCGCCAGCUUUGCCGCGGCUGGCUUGCGCUGGACGACGAACAGAAGCAGUCGAUCCUGGCCUGCGGCGUCGACGAGCUCCAGGGCUCCGACAAAGUCCGGAGAUGCGCUGGCGGCAUUAUGACGGCCGUCACGUCUUGCGGCUGGCUCGUGGAUUGGAUGGAGCUGACCCGCGGCGAAUCCAUCGAGAUCGUGUACGCCUUCGCCUUGCGGCUCCACAAGGACCCUCGAGCUCCGGGCGGCCCCCGCCGCGCGACUCGCGAGUGCAGCUGCGCUGCGUUGUCCAAGUUUGCCUUUUUCCUCCCAGCGGAGCCCCCGCUCGCCUUCGUGGGCCCCUCGAUCGCUCGAGAGGGCGCCCCGGGCCACGGCUGCGUCAUCGGGUGGCUCGGCUACGACAACGCCUGCAAGUUGCUCUCCAUGGCACGCGCCGGGAAAGAUUAUGUUCUGCCGUGGACGAAAUCGCUGGCUGAGGAAGUGCGCAUUGUCCUGGACGGUUUCCACAGGGACAACCACACGUGGUGUCUGAAUGCGCUCCUGGAAGUCGACCCGCUGCAGCCGGCGAACGAGAAGUUUUUGGCGUUGAAGAACACGGAGGCUUGCGAGCAGCUCAAUGCGUGGAUCAGCCCCCGGACGCGCAUGUGCCUCGAGAUGACGAGAGCCCAUUUCCAGCUCCACAG